AUGGCCAUGGCAUUGCGUUCAUUGGCGCUGGCGUGGCUCUUGGACGCAGCCCUGGGGGGAAGCGGCUGCAACGAGCAGGUCAAGGAUUUGGGACCCUGGAUCGGCUCCGUCGAUGUGGAGAAGACCGAGGAGGGCUACAGGGUCUUGUUGGAGCUUCUGGGCGGCGACGUGGCCGCCUCCUCCACUGAGUCCGUGGAACUGUUGGUUGGGCGCGAGGUGGGGCAGACAAAGCACUUCGUCCUGCCAAAGGCAGGUGCCCGAAAGGGUGGGGUCCUGGAGCUCCGAACUGACGAGGAGCUACUGGGUGGAGUGGGAGACAGCUUCUUCAUGCAGGCCACGCUGGCGGAGUACAACGGGAACAAUCAUGGCCCCGAAAGCCUGUCCUGCCGGGCAGGGGUGCUGAGACACAGCACGUGCCGCCGCACAGAGAAGGACGUAGCUUCACCUCCCUCAUCGCUGGGAACCCCAGGUACUACCGGGCCACGCCCGGAUCACCAACCCGGUCAGGGCGGGCACAUGAUGAGAGGUGCUGGUGCAGGUAUGCACGAAGGUGGGCAGCACAUGCGCAGCGCUACCCACAACAUGCCGCACCAAGGCGUGCCGCACCAAGGCAUGCCGCACCAAGAGGGCAUGAGACACCAAGAGGCCAGUCAGCAGGCCAUGGUGCAGCAGCCACCGGAGGCCCUGGACGAGUGCCAUCCAAGCUCCAACCCUUGCAAAGGGGGCAGUGCUUGCCAGGUGUCCAGACAGGGCAACUACCUCUGCGUCAAGGCCGAGCCUCAGACCAGCCUCCGCAGUUUCGCGGAUCCCUCCACUGGCCACGGCUUUAGGAUGCUGGUGGCCGGGGCACUCUUCGUCUGCCUGUCCUGCCUCUGCGGAGCUCUCUUCCUGCAUCGCUUUGUCGCACCUCGUGGCGCGCGGAACAUGGAGUCCAUGCCCAAGGUCAUGGGGAAGGUGGUGGAUGGCAACCUCUCUACCGUCCAGACCAUGACCCGAAGCCGGGCCUUUGAAAACGAUUCCGACAGCGACGAUGGCCUGAGAGUCUGGUGA